UCUCUCUCUCUCUCUCUCUCAAUAGUAUAUAACAGUCUCAACACUUUCCCGUGCAUUUUAACUACCAUCUUCGAUUCCAAAAUGGCCCAAAAUCUCAAGUUUCUCACCUUGUUCGUGGCUGUUCUCCUCGUGAGCUCUUCCUUUUUUAUUGCCAAAGCUCGUCCUCUCAAUGCUGCUAAGCCUCGUGGCUCUGUAGCCGAAGCAAUUCAGAAUAUCUUGGAAGGGUUCUACAUUGAAACAAUAAAAACCGGAGGUCCAAAAGCUGGCAGAUACGGACUUGACUUUACCAAUGCUCAAACCCUUGGCAAUGUCAAAAACUCCGGUCCAAGCCCUGGACAAGGGAAUAAGUUCACCAAUGCUCAAACUCUCGGGGAUGUCAAGAACUCUGGUCCAAGUCCUGGACAAGGGAAUAAGGUCACCAAUGCUCAAACUCCCGGGUAUGUCAAGAACUCCAGUCCAAGCCCCGGACAAGGGAAUAAGUUCACCAAUGCUCAAACUCUCGGGGGUGUCAAGAACUCUGGUCCAAGUCCUGGACAAGGGAAUAAGUUCACCAAUGCUCAAGCUCUCGGGGAUGUCAAGAACUCCGGUCCAAGUCCCGGACAAGGGAAUAAGGUCACCAAUGCUCAAACUCUCGGGGAUGUCAAGAACUCUGGUCCAAGCCCUGGACAGGGGAACAGGUUCACGAAUGCUGUCAAGAACUCUGGUCCAAGCUCCGGAGGAGGGAAUGGGUUCACCAAUGCUCAAACUCUCGGGGGAGUUAAAAACUCUGGUCUGAGCCCUAGAGGAAAGGGAUGUCAGUUCGGUGAUAAUAAAAGCGUUUUGGAGGAGAUGAAGCACUCCGGUCCGAGCCCUGGACAGGGAAAUUAGUUUGUCCAUCGGUAUUUGCAUGCAAGCAGAGAUGACUUGUAUUAUCUUUGAGAUUUUUUUUAUUCUUUUGUUUCUUUAUAAUUAUUUGGUUUCAUUGUAGGUCAUAAUCAAGGAAUAGUUAUUAUGCAAUGUAGAAAUACAUUAGGUUCUUUUUGUACUAGCGGUAACUCGUGCGAUGUAUGAAAAAAU